CUUCCAUUGCUUUUACUUUUUGCAGUUCUUGUGCGAUUGGUGAAAAUAAGCCUGCAUUCCAGAGAUGCAAGAGGAGCAACAGCCUGAGGCUGCUGCAGACUCAAUGUCCUCCUCAGAAGCCCCAGAAGAUGGCCCAAAGGAAGCGGCGAGUGUGCCCCAGAAUAUCUCUGAUGCUGAUGCAUUUAAAAUCCUUCUGGAGAUGAAGAUGAAGAAGAGGCAGAAAACACCCACCUUACCAAGCACUGUGACUGAGCUUGAUACAGAUGAUGGGUCAAAAGUCUAUGUGGUUGGAACAGCCCACUUCAGUGACAGCAGCAAAAAGGAUGUUGUGAAGACAAUACAAGAAGUGCAGCCUGAUGUAGUUGUGGUGGAGCUAUGCCAGUACAGAGUUUCUAUGCUAAAGAUGGAUGAAAAGACAUUGCUAAAAGAAGCCAAAGAAAUAAAUCUGGAAAAACUUCAACAAGCUAUAAAGCAGAACGGAGUCAUGUCUGGCUUGAUGCAAAUGCUGCUUCUGAAAGUGUCUGCUCACAUCACAGAACAGCUGGGGAUGGCCCCAGGCGGAGAGUUCAGGGAGGCUUUCAAAGAGGCUAGUAAAGUACCUUUCUGUAAAUUUCAUCUUGGAGACAGACCCAUCCCUGUUACUUUUAAGAGAGCAAUUGCUGCUCUUUCUUUCUGGCAAAAAGUCAAGCUUGCUUGGGGCCUUUGCUUCUUAUCUGACCCAAUCAGUAAGGAUGAUGUGGAGAAAUGCAAACAGAAGGAUUUACUGGAGCAGAUGAUGGCAGAAAUGAUCGGAGAGUUCCCUGAUCUUCAUCGCACUAUUGUCUCGGAACGAGAUGUUUACUUGACCUACAUGUUGAAGCAAGCUGCAAAGCAGAUAGAACUACCUCGAGCUUCAGAAACUGAACCUAGACAGUACAUCCCAUCUGUUGUAGUGGGUGUUGUUGGGAUGGGCCACGUACCUGGAAUUGAAAAGAACUGGAAGUCUGACUUAAACAUCCAGGAAAUAAUGAGUGUGCCUCCUCCAUCAGCUUCAAGCAAGAUUUUCAGAUUUGUCGUAAAAGCAACAGUUUUUGGACUCAUGGGAUAUGGCUGCUACCGAGUAGCUCAGAGGACAGUGCGGUUCCUUCUUUCGACAGCAGCAGCACAGAGCUACCUUCAGAAGCUGACAGAGGUGAGACCACUGCCCUGAACAUCAAGCAGAGGCUGAGGACGUGGCUGGACAGGCUGCUGGAGGCAACGAAUGGAGUGGGCUGGAAGAAGAGGGAAAUGAAGGUUGGAGUCGGAGACGGUUGAUGCUGAACAACGCUGAAUUACUGUGUAAUAAAGUAUUGAUACUAAAAGCUACACCAGCUAUGAUGCAAUGAAUACGUUUGAUCCUUGGUAAGUGUACUGCAUGAAAGCACAUGAUUCUGGAUUGAAGUAAAGGAAAUAUACACAAAUAUAUAAUA